AUGUCGGCGUUUGAGCGAUUAAUCCGAUUUGAGGAUAAGGAGGGAAAGACGGUAUAUGGGAACUUAGAGAAGGAGGUGCCCACCAGGGAGAUCGAAGGAAGCAGUGUAGAGGUUUUGUCUGGGGACAUCAAGAGUGGAUUCAAGAAGACGGAGGAGAAAGCUACAGUGGGAAAGCUCCUCAGCCCCGUCCCGACAACAAACAUAAUCCUCUGCGUGGGCCUCAACUACCGGCGCCAUGCCGAAGAGUGCAACCUCGCUAUCCCCUCCAACCCAGCCAUCUUCACCAAACCCAGCGAUGCUCUCGCAGGUCCCUUAGAAACCAUUCCCAUUCACCCGGACUGCCAAUCGCAACUCGACUACGAAGGCGAACUCACCCUGGUCAUUUCAAAGGAUUGCAAGAACAUUGCUGCUAAAGACUACGCCAACUACCUCCUUGGCUACACAAUCUCCAACGACGUCUCCGCCCGGAACUACCAACUUCCUGCUGGGGUAUCAGGCGGCCAAUUCGGCUACGCGAAGUCAUUUGACAAGUUCGCUCCCGUAGGCCCGUGUAUCGUGUCACCUAGCUUGAUCCCUGAUCCUCAUAAGCUGAGGUACUGGACCAAGGUCAAUGGCGAGAAGAGGCAGGAAACCGGGACGGAUGAUAUGAUUUUCAGUGUAGGCCAGAUUCUGGAGCAUCUGAGUCGCGGGACUACGCUAAGAGCUGGUACGGUGAUUCUCACAGGUACACCGAGUGGUGUUGGUCUGUUCAUGGACCCUAAGGGUUUCUUGAAAGACGGAGAUGAGGUUGAAGUGUAUGUGGAGGGAAUUGGAAGUAUCGUCAAUAAGAUGAAGUUUGAGUAA